AUGGCAUCAUUACCCACCAACUUAUGCGAACUAUUCGCCCAGUCUGUUCGGCAAUAUCCAGAAAAUCUUGCGGUCGAACAUGAAGAUGGAUCCUUUACCUAUAGAGAGUUGGAUGACAUUUCAUCAGCCUUAGCUCACGAUUUGACUCUUCUGCGAGUUGGAAGGGGAUCACCAGUUCUGUUGGUAACAACUCACGGAAGCUUCAACAUUAUCGCGAUCCUAGCCAUUCUAAAAACUGGAGGCUGCUUUGUUCCCAUCGAUCGCAAGACAUGGUCACCUGAAAUGAUCAAUUACGUAUGCGACACAGUCGAAAGUCGUAUCAUCAUCAAUACUACUCCAGAACCCUUCUCAGCCGCCAAGGGGUCGCAUCACGUAUUACAUUUGACCAGUCUUCCGUCGAUAUCGUCGUCCCAGACUUCCCCGUCCGUAUAUCCUCAGACCUUGGAAGAUGAUGAUGCAUGCAUUAUCUUUACAAGUGGUAGUACCGGGUGUCCAAAAGGCGUCAUCCUCUCGCACAAGUCUUUGCGUCUAUACUCUACGACGAGUCCCAUGAACUUGGACAUCGUUCCAGGAGAUAGGCUGCUCCAUAUUUUGUCGGUGGCUUUUGAUGCCUGCGCUUGUAUGCUUUUCUCAACCCUAGGAAAUGGUGGCACCGUGGUCCCAACCCAAGCCGAAGACAUAUACGCUAAAGCCCCUUCAUGUACUGUAGUGGCUGCUACACCUUCAAUACUGAGCACUAUAAUGGAUUCUUCGCCGGACACUAGCAUUUUAAAUCAUGUUCAUACCGUCAUUCUUGGCGGCGAGACUGCAAAACAGGAUUUGCUGGGAUCCUUGUUGGAUGCUGGUAUUCGAGUUCUGGUCGGAUAUGGAGCGACAGAAACGACCUCUAUGGGCUCUAUACAUGUUGUAACCCGUGACCCAGAAACGAAUGCAAUCAAUCCGCUACUGAUCGGGAUCUCAAUCAAACAAAGCCCAAUUCAGCUUGUGAACAGCGACCAUCAACUGAUCGAAGACGCGUUUGUGGAAGGAGAGAUAUUCAUCGCAGGAGAUGGCCUCUCUCGCGGAUAUUACAAGGAUGAUGAGAAAACAAACAAUAAUUUCAUCUACUGGAACUCAACACGAGUUUAUAAAACUGGCGAUUAUGGCCGAUGGAUACCAAAUCCUGAAGGUGACCGGUUGAUCGAGUUCCGCGGACGAAAAGAUAGAACAGUCAAGAAUGGGGGGUUCCUUGUGAAUCUAGACCGAGACGUUGAAAAUGCUCUUAGCCAUGUGGGUAUGUCGCUCGGUGUAACAUCUGUCUGCGCUGCAGUGACAGAAGAUGGAAUUGUUGCAGUGGUGACUCCAGAGAGCAUUGAUACUGUGGCACUUUUGGCGAAAGCGAGGGAAUCAAUGUCUACCUACUGUAUUCCGUAUCGGAUAGAGACUGUGGAAUCCUUUCCUACAUCUUCCAACGGUAAAGUUCAGCAUAGAAAGGUGCUGGAGGUUAUCUCAGCUACGGAUGGCACAACGGGCUCGAACACACCUGUUGCCAUGCCCUUACCACCCGCAGCACAACAGUCAGAUCCCAAGACAAUGGCUGAAGAAGAACGACUUUCAAAGAUUUUGGACGCUGCUUCAAAUAUCUUUGGACUUUCUGGAGAUGGACCGAAGAGAAUACAAGAAAGCGAUUCUUUCUUAAAGCUAGGCGGCUCGUCACUUUUAGCAUUCAAGCUUGCUUCAACCCUCCGUCAGCUAAAUCUCAACAUCUCCCCCAAAGAUCUUUUUAGUGGUCAUACAUUUCAGGAAAUAGCCAAAUCCUCAGCGAGUAUUACCAUUGCAGAAGAAGGGUCUUUGCAGUCACUCGCAGACGAGAGAUCCGCUGUUACGCAGAAAUUAACAUCUCUUCGAAACCAAGCCCGAAGCAUUUUAGCUUUGGAGAAUGACAGCUUCGACAUUGGUCCCUUGACCAGUUUACAGCUAACUCUAGCAUUGCCAACAUUGAGUUGCAGCUGGAAAAAUGUGAAUCAAGUCAAAUUGUCUUACAGAAGUGAAUAUGCUAGCAUGAUUGAGCGAGCAUGGCGAGCGGUCUGGCAAGCGGAACCAGUAUUCAGAACUGACCUGUGUCUGACCAUAGGAUGCGGCGCUCAGAUUGUCCAUAAACGAUCAAUGAGAAAGCCCAAGAUGCAGUUCUUUAACGACUCAUCCGAUUAUGAAGAAGCAGUUCAGAAAGCCGAUACUAAUGUCGGAUUGGGCUGCUCGCUGGAAUUUAUUGUAUAUCACCCAACUGCGGUUCUUGGAGCCACGGCAGCCAUCCUCCUGGCGAAUGUUGAACACGCUGCAAAGGGACGGAAGAUUCCCCACAGUCUCAGUUCCAUUGAGGGCCAUCUCGAGUUGAUAUCAAUCCAGCAAAAGAACGAUGCUCGUGCCAAAAGUUUCUUUUCCGAAUACUUGAGAAAAGUGCAACUGGCAGACAACCUCCCUAAGAAGCCCGAUGUCGCCAUUGGAGGGAAUAUGAGCCUCACCAGUCCGAAUAACUCUAUCCUAUUCGGGCCCUCUGUUAAUAGUGAUGAAGUUGCUCAUUUUGCAACCCAAAUUGGUGUAUCGCCAGCAUGCAUGUAUUAUACUGCCUGGGCAAUGGCUAUGAGCACUUUUGAGAACAACUCCACAAUCGUCAUGGGCUCCGUGUUCUCUAACAGAGCGUCACACCCUGAAUUCCAUAACGUAAUUGGUUUAUACAUGUCGACUCUGCCUUUGGUUAUCAGUAUUGAUGCAGAUGAAACAGUAUACCAGCUACUCCACAAGACUAUGGGCGACAUACUUUCUCUUGGAGAAUAUGCUUGGGCACGCUCAGAUCAAGUUGGCAUCGGCAGCCACAUAAGUAGCCUGGUGGCACUUCAACCACCACUCCCCGAUGAGAAUUCACACCCUCCUGCUAUUCGGGCAGAGUCAUUGGAAAAUAGCGAAUUUCCACUAUCGUUGCUGAUAGAAUCUAAUGGGGAAUUUCGUAUUUUGCACAAUAGCGGUGUAUUUGAUGAAGGUGUAAUCCGACGGUUAGGCGGGCAUUUUAAGCAAGCACUUCGGGGCGUGCUAAACCACACCUUGGUGGGCGAAUGUAUGCGGUUGAAUAUCAUUCAAGAAACGGCAUAUCUUCAAGCAGAAAAAUUAAGGAUCAAACAAACUGAACAAACAGUCAAGAUGGCAUUGGAGGAGUCGAUCGACCGGUUCCAAGACUACAUCGCCAUUGAAGAUUGCAAAGGCAAUACGCUCACUUAUAAACAACUCGAGCAGCAAACAAACAUUAUUGCUAAUAUGAUUAAUAAGCAUUUGUCUGAUACAGCGGCCACGAGUGUUGCCAUAUAUGGCGAUGGGUCAGUCGGGUGGCUGCUAGGCUUGUUAGGAAUUCUCAAAACAAGCCGUACCUUUGUUCCUCUUGACCCUAAGUGGUCGAUGGAAAGAAAGGCUAUGGUCCUAGAAGCUAGCAAAGUAGCUGCCAUUAUUGUCCCCAACUCUGCACAGAAAAACGAAGUCCCAAUAGUAGGUGAGAAGAAAGCAUUAGCUGUAAAUCAUAUGCUGUCUGGUGUAGGUAGCCAUGAACGGGCCUCAAGACUACCUGAUACUGGCCAUGCAGACUCUGUUCUUGUUUACAUCUUUACUUCGGGGACGACUGGAGCACCAAAAGGUAUUCCUACAACUCAUCGGUCAUUUCUGGCAUUCCAGAGCAAUCCCGAGGCAACGAUGUUUGCCGCUCCCGGGAGGCGAAUUGCCCAAUUCAUGUCACCUGCUUUUGAUGCUUGCAACGAAGAAAUAUUUUCUGCGCUACUGCAUGGAGCAACACUUAUUCUGAGAGAUCCAUUAGAUCCAUAUGCCCACCUACUAAAAGUUAAUACAGUAACCAUGACCCCGGCAGUUUUGUCUGUGCUGGAGCCAGAACAUUACCCAAACCUUGAGAUUAUAUAUGCUACCGGAGAAGCGAUGACGGCUCCUAUUGUCGAAAAGUUCGCUACUAAGAAGCUACUUUAUAAUGCCUAUGGGCCAGCAGAGUGUUCCAUUAGCACCUCGUUCGAACGAAUGAUCCAAGGCGAUGUAAUCACGAUUGGAAAGGCUUCAGCGACAGCGCGCAUGUAUCUUCUCGAUGAAAAGCAAAACCCCGUUCCGAGGGCAGUUCAGGGCGAGAUAUACCUGGCCGGUGUGCAGGUGCUUGAACGGUACAUCAACGCUCCUGAACAAACGGCUUUACGUGUACUCCCUGAUCCAUGGCAUCCAAAAGAACGAAUGUAUCGCACUGGCGACUAUGGCAUCGGCGUGAAAGAUGGUCGGGUGAUAUAUAUGGGUCGCAUAGACCGUCAAGUCAAAAUUCGUGGCUUUCGCAUCGAGCUUGAUGGAGUAGAACAUGCGAUUCUGUCUGAGCCAGCAAUUGAUGACAUUUCGCAGUGUGCUGUGCUGGCAAUUGAUGGUUUACUCGUGGCAUAUGUCUCGUUUGGUUCAAAGCAAUCUCAAACUUGGACACAAGAGCGGAUAGAUCGGCUCCGUAACAGGAUGGUCGAAACCCAACUUCCUUCAUGGGUCCCUCAACAGAUUAUCUCAAUUGCUGAUUUCCCAAAGUCAGCAAAUGGGAAAGUUGAUAACAAAGCCCUGGAACAGAUGUACAAAUCAAAGUCUUUUCUUCAUAACGAGACUCUGCCUGGACUAUCCAUAUCAAUGGAUGACACCAGUGUUGAAUCCAAGCUAUCAGAGGCAUGGUGCGAAAUUCUUCAACUAAUACCUCCCGUACGCCUGAGUCCCGAAGAUAAUUUCUUCUCCUUGGGUGGGCACUCGGUUUUGGUCCUGCUUUUAGCUACGAAACUUACGGGAAUAUUCGCUGUUGAGAUUACAACUCGCGAACUUUUGCCGUCUCCAGUGUUCCAAGACCAAGUCAACGCGAUUAAACAUCUGCUGGAAACUAAGGGAGGCUCAGAGGGUCAUACAAAGGAAUCAAUACGCAACCACGCGUUGCCAAUGGAGGAGUUAACAGAGCUGGAAAAGCAAGUAUGGUUCCAAUAUCAGGUUGGAACGACAGUCACGGCAUUCAACAUUGCCAACAUUUUAACCGUCAAUGGCCAAAUAGAUUACACCAGGCUCGUGAACUCUUUCAACACAGCAUUAGCGUCGGACCCAGUACUUAGCUGCAAUUUCGUGGAAGGGCCUGACGGCCUGAGGAGAGUUAUUCGAAGCUCGGCUCCUCAAGUUCGCGAGGUGGAACAGCUCGAUAUAGCAUCAGAGAUAAACUGUGUGUUCAACUUGGAGCAUGAUGAGCUAAUUCGCGUCCACAUUAUAUGUCAACCUAAAUACCGAAAAGAGAAGACAUCAAUGGCCGAGAUCGUCAUCACAACUUCUCACAGCAUCGCCGAUAUGGCCACAUUGCAGAAUUUACUUCGCCUUGUCUCAACCGCAUACGCAGGAAAGGUCCCUCUUCUUCCUUCUGUGACAGCAGCCUUCCAUGGGACAUACCGAGUUUGCGAGUUCCGGGGGAAUUUAAUCACCAGGCUGAAUGCCUUGAUAGAGCGGCUUGGUAUAACACACCAUCACAUGGCAUUAACAGUCGCUGCUCUUCUUUUGCAGUGGUUGAUGAAUGAGGAUGACAUUGUACUAGGGGCUCCAAAUGCCAAUCGUUGUUCCUCAGUUGAACGAGAAGCAUUGGGACAGUUCCUCGAUCGACUCCCCAUCCGCAUACAGCUCGAUUGUCCACGAUCUACUUCAGGCGGAGCGAGCCUCGCGCAGAUACUGAAAAAUGUCCGUGAUUCGGCAAUCAAAGCUUUAACCAAUGCGAUCCCAUUCCCUAAAAUCUUGGAGGCACUCAACAUCUCAAGCGGUGAUCUUCAACAUCCAAUUUUUGAUUGCAUGGUGACAUUUCAUCUCCGAAACAAUAGCCUCGAUAAGUGGCUGCAGUUACCAGAUUGCGAUGUGACUGUAUCUCCUCGUUUUGCUGAAGGGGCCAAAUUUCCAUUAAUGUUGGAAUGGUUCGAACUAGAUACAGACUGUUGGUCGCUUCAUAUCGAGCACGAUACAAACCGGUUACCACAUGCUAUUAUUGACACCAUUGAGCAUGUUCUAAAGACAAUUCUCGAGGCAAUAGCAGAUGAAUGCCUGCUACAUGAUCUACAUACUCGCCUAGCAGAUGCUACAGAAGCUAACGGAAGCUCAAUGGACCACAAUGGGACGUCAGUUUCGAAUGGUGUCCCGCCUCGGGCUCCAGGGCAUGGGCUAUUGCUACCAUUUUUAGAGCUUCCGAUUUGGAAAAUUGCGGCGCAAGAGGAAGAGCACAUUUGGUAUCUUGGAUAUGGCUCUAACAUGAAAGCCAGCUCCAUGAAGGGUCGAAACAUCACUCCAUUGGCUACCAGGAUUGUCAAUGUCCCAACCCAUUAUGUCACAUUCGACGUCUUUGGAAUCCCGUAUUCCGAGCCGUGCUAUGCUAGCAUCGAAGAAUUCCCAAAUGGCGGGACUGGAAAACGCCAACUGCUCCAUGGCGACACACAGAUUCCCGUUCCAUCACUGUGCGGCAUCGCUCAUCUCUUGACUGCAAUCGAGUUUCACCAGCUAUUGGUAACUGAAGGCAGUGGAGUUGUGUACGAUAUUGUUAAGCUCCAAGCAUAUCAACUAGACGAAGCGCACAAAGUCUCUGGUGAAAGCUUCGCCGUGUAUACCUUGAAGGCAAAAUGGCCGUUGCGGCCUAACGGUACUCCAAGUGCUCGAUACGUGGAUCUUUUCCUCCAUGGAGCUAGAGAAAAUAAUCUCCCACCAGAAUACAUUAACUACCUUGAAACCUUCCCCCGCUAUUUAAAAUUAGAAGGGUCCGACAGAACAUACGGCCAAUUAGUGUUCGACGCAGGAUGGAGGCCAUUCUUGAAGCGGCUGGUUCGUCUUACGACCUGGAGAGUUGAUGACGAUGGCAAUUGUCCAGCAUACAUCGCCUUGAUAAUUGUCUGGGCAUAUCGACUGAUGUGGUUAUAUCACGAUUAUGUCCAUAGGCACAUUCUUGGUAGGGGCGAUGGAGGUAAAAUACUCUGGGACGCUAUAGAUCAAUGA